UUGAUGAAUAGUGUCGCUGUCAAAAAGCGGUAGAAACAGAUGAAGGGAGGCAUGUUGACAGAAAGACGUCCGUAACGGAGAGGACAGGAAGAAGCGUUGCGUCAUGUGGGUCCGUCACGGCUGCGUGGGUUUGCGGUUCUAAGAACUGGAGGAGCUGGAGGAGUUUGGCCAACUAUUACCGCGCGUCCCGGGCUUCAUGUCGUACUGCUUCCACACCGAAAAAUGUCAAGUGUAAGCGGGGUCGUACAGCUGUAAACGCGUUCUAGUUCCUGUGAUUGUAUUUAUUUAUUUAUUUAUUUAUUUUUAUUUUGUUUCUUCAUCUUCUGAAAGUUCAACUCAGGAGGAAAACGCUUGGCUCUUGAAGGAGCCUCUGAGGGCCCAUAUCAGUCAGCAUGGUGAACAGCCAGGCGUCAGGUGUCCUGCCGGCCCCCAGGUCGUGUGCAGGAUGUGGGGGAAAGAUUGCAGACCGCUUCCUGCUCUUCUCCAUGGAGCGCUACUGGCACACUCGCUGCCUCAAGUGCUCUUGCUGCCAAGCCCAGCUGGGAGACAUUGGCACCACCUGCUACAGCAAAGGGGGCAUGAUUCUAUGUCGGAGUGACUACAUCAGGCUGUUCGGGCACAGCGGGGCGUGUGUUGCCUGCGGCCAGUCAAUCCCAGCCAAUGAAAUGGUGAUGAGGGCACAGGGAAAUGUUUACCACCUCAAGUGUUUCAGCUGUGCCACCUGUAGAAACAGACUGAUGCCUGGCGAUCGCUUUCAUUACAUCAACGGUACAAUCUUCUGUGAGCACGACAGACCUGGCGCUGCCUUGCUCAACAGCCACCUGCCCCCACUUCAGAGCAACUCUGUGUUGACAGACCAGAAGGUUUGCUGAGCGUCGGAAGCGCUGUGUGUUACUGUUGUCUUUCCACCGAGUGUCAACUCUAGUACUGCUACUGUCACUGUUGUGGAUUCUCAUCACCGCUGCCUCCCUUUAUUAUUAUUUUUUUUUUUACUAUCCCAGAGAGGACUCAUUGAGACAUUCUGUCCAACCUGGCGCCAUAUCAAAGACUUUACGUACCAAGUCUUGUUUUUGUUGUGUUCAAUGUUGCUUCAUGCAAAGACUUAACAGUAUGAUUGGACUGCAGAAGCAAAAAGGCUCCCUAAAGACUCGCAGAAAGCUGGAGGGAUACAAUGAAAGCCCGAGCUAUCUGCCGCAAAAAACAGGGAACAAAAGAAGCUUGAGUGAACGUUUGAUGGACUGCUGUAAAAUGACUGUCAACGCUUUGCUUAUGCCAUGUGGCAUUAUUUCCCCUGAGCGUCAGUGUUUUUAAUGAACUCUUGAUCUCUGUGUUGUGUAUGUUAAUCUGAGAUCCUACACACUGAGGUUUGAAUAGAAAAAUCCGAGGUAUCCGGAUGUAGAAUGUCGAAAUAAGGAGAGAUUGAAACCCAAGCCAGAUUUUUGUCAGAGUAAUGAAAAAGCUGUCGCUGUUACUAUGAGUCCUAAUUUUUCAGACAUAAAGAAGAACUGACAUUUUGUUGUAUUUCUUCUGUAGAGUUUUAUUUCUUUAUCAGAUGCCUGUUCAAUGUGUGAAAAAAAAUUGUGCAGUUCAAAAAACAAAUAUCCUAUUAAACCAAUUUUCCUGUUACAUGUCAAGACGCAAGCCGAGGUCAUUUUGAAGCCCCUUAGCGGCAUUAGAGUGGCACUGGUACCUAGUGUGGUGGAUGUGGCUGUCUCUCUCACUCUCUUUAGCCCUGUAUGGUGAAAACAUGCCUGAUUACCCUGAGGAAUGGAAUUAGGGGCUUGAGCUUUGACCAUUUACAGAAGCAAUUAAACAUGAGCCCUGUAUCUGUGCUGCUGGAGCUCCUGGGAGGGUGAACUUGGGGCAUAUCCCGUGGCUGACUGGCUCGGUGGCUGCCUGCCUGCCUGCCUGCCUGCCUCUAAUAAAGCCUAAUCUGAAAGCAGCCUAAUUAAAGGGGAGUGGCCCCCUCUACAUCCAGGGCAUUUGAAACAAUCUGAUGUAUUUACUGUUUACCAUGUUCCAAUUAAAGCUCCCACACAGCCUGGUUUGUUUCCCA